CAGCGGCCGCGGCCGCCAUCUUGUCGCGGAGGAGCCGAGCGGAGCGGGCGGGACCCGGCGGCGGGGCCUGGACAGCGACAUUGAUGUCCAGCUCCCCGCUGUCGAAGAAGCGCCGCGUCUCUGGGUCAGAGCCACCGACGGGCUCCAGCCGUGCCCCUGCCCCCGCCGUGUCCCCGAGCGUCACCCCCGCCAACGGAAUGGCGAAGAACGGGGCCGAGGCCGAGAUCGAUGAGGGGCUCUACUCCCGCCAGCUGUACGUGCUGGGCCACGAGGCCAUGAAGCGCAUGCAGACCUCCAACGUGCUGGUGUCGGGGCUGCGGGGCCUGGGCGUGGAGGUGGCCAAGAACCUGGUGCUGGGGGGGGUCAAAUCUGUCACCCUGCACGACCCCCACCCCGCAGCCUGGGCCGACCUGGCCUCCCAGUUCUACCUGCGGGAGGAGGACGUGGUGGUGCUGACCAACUCCCCGCUGGAGGAGCAGCUCUGGGUGGGCGAUUUCUGCCACAGCCACGGCAUCAAACUGGUGGUGGCCGACACGCGCGGGCUCUUCGGGCAGCUGUUCUGUGACUUUGGGGACGACAUGGUGGUGACAGACCCCAACGGGGAGCAGCCCCUCAGUGCCAUGGUGUCCAUGGUCACCAAGGGCUGUCCUGGGGAGGUGACCUGCCUGGACGAGGCGCGUCACGGCUUCGAGACGGGCGACUUUGUCACCUUCACGGAGGUGGAGGGGAUGGAGGAGCUGAACCGCUGCGGGCCCGUGGAGAUCCGAGUGCUGGGGCCGUACACGUUCAGCAUCGGGGACACCAGCGGCUACGGGGACUACGUGCGGGGUGGCAUCGUCACCCAGGUCAAGAUGCCCAAGCACAUCCACUUUAAACGGUUGCGGGACGCGCUGGCCGAGCCCGAGAUGAUGGUGACGGAUUUCGGCAAGGCCGAGAGGCCCUCGAUGCUGCACUGGGCGUGGCAGGGCCUGCACCGCUUCCUGCAGCAGCACGGCCGCGCCCCGCGGCCCCGCCACCAGGGUGACGCGGCCGAGGUGGUGGCCCUGACCAAGGAGGUGGCGGCGGGGGCCGAGCUGGACGAGGAGCUGGUGCGGGAGUUGGCGUUCCAGGCCACCGGGGACCUGGCCCCGGUCAACGCCUUCAUCGGCGGCCUGGCCGCGCAGGAGGUCAUGAAGGCCGUGUCGGGGAAGUUCACGCCCAUCACGCAGUGGCUUUACUUUGACGCGCUCGAGUGUCUGCCCGAGGAGAACCGCGACACGCUGCUCACCGAGGAGCAGUGCCGGCCGCGCAACAGCCGCUACGACGGGCAGAUCGCCGUGUUCGGGGCCGACCUGCAGGCCAAGCUGGGCGCCCAGAAGUACUUUGUGGUGGGAGCGGGGGCCAUCGGCUGCGAGCUGCUCAAGAACUUUGCCAUGGUGGGCCUGGGCUGCGGCCCCGAGGGCAGCGUCACCGUCACCGACAUGGACACCAUCGAGAAGUCCAACCUCAACCGCCAGUUCCUCUUCCGGCCGUGGGACGUCACGAAGCUGAAGUCGGAGCGGGCGGCGGCGGCGGCGCGGGAGAUGAACCCGGCGCUGCGCGUCAGCAGCCGCACCGACCGCGUGGGCCCCGACACCGAGCGCGUCUACGACGACGACUUCUUCGAGGGGCUGGACGGCGUGGCCAACGCGCUGGACAACGUGGACGCGCGGCUGUACAUGGACCGGCGCUGCGUUUAUUACCGGAAGCCGCUGCUGGAGUCGGGCACGUUGGGCACCAAGGGCAACGUGCAGGUGGUAAUCCCGUUCCUGAGCGAGUCCUACAGCUCCAGCCAGGACCCCCCCGAGAAGGCCAUUCCCAUCUGCACCCUCAAGAACUUCCCCAACGCCAUCGAGCACACGCUGCAGUGGGCGCGUGAUGAGUUCGAGGGGCUCUUCAAGCAGCCGGCCGAGAACGUGAACCAGUACCUGAUGGACCCCAAGUUCCUGGAGCGCACCCUGCGCCUGGCGGGCACGCAGCCGCUGGAGGUGCUGGAGGCCGUGCAGCGCAGCCUGGUCAGCGACCGCCCCCGCGCCUGGCCCGACUGCGUGGCCUGGGCCUGCCGGCACUGGCACCGCCAGUACAGCAACAACAUCCGCCAGCUGCUGCACAACUUCCCCCCGGGACAGAAAACGAACUCGGGCACCCUGUUCUGGUCGGGGCCCAAGCGCUGCCCCCACCCACUCGUGUUCGACCCCGACAACCCCCUGCACCUGGACUACGUGGUGGCGGCGGCGAACCUGUUUGCGCAGAGCUACGGCAUCGCGGGCUCGCGGGACCGGGCGGCCGUGGCCGAGCUGGUGCGGCACGUGCGGGUGCCCCCGUUCGCGCCCAAGGCCGGCGUGCGCAUCCACGUGUCCGACCAGGAGCUGCAGAGCGCCAGCGCCGCCCUGGAUGACGGGCGCCUGGAGGAGCUGAAGGCGUCGCUGCCCAGCCCCGAGGAGCUCCCGGGGUUCCGGAUGUUCCCCAUCGACUUUGAGAAGGACGAUGACACCAAUUUCCACAUGGAUUUCAUCGUGGCCGCCUCCAACCUGCGGGCGGAGAACUACGACAUCCCCCCGGCCGACCGCCACAAGAGCAAACUGAUCGCAGGGAAGAUCAUCCCGGCCAUCGCCACCACCACGGCGGCCGUGGUGGGCCUGGCGUGCCUGGAGCUCUUCAAGCUGGUGCAGGGGCACCGCCGGCUGAGCUCCUACAAAAACGCCUUCCUCAACCUGGCACUGCCCUUCGUGGGCUUCUCCGAGCCCCUCGCCUGCCCCCGCAACAAGUACUACGAGGUGGAGUGGACGCUGUGGGACCGGUUCGAGGUGCAGGGGCUGCAGCCCGACGGGCAGGAGAUGACCCUGCGCCAGUUCCUCGCCUACUUCAAGAAGGAGCACCGGCUGGAGAUCACCAUGCUGUCCCAGGGCGUGUCCAUGCUCUACUCCUUCUUCAUGCCGGCCGCCAAGCUGCGCGAGCGCCACGACCAACCGAUGACAGAGAUCGUGACGCGGGUGUCCAAGAAGAAGCUGGGCCGCCACGUCAAGGCGCUGGUGUUCGAGCUGUGCUGCAACGACGACAGCGACGCCGACAUCGAGGUGCCCUACGUGCGCUACACCAUCCGCUAGGGGGCGCCCGGCCCCGCCCCUCCGCCCGGCCACGCCCCCCGCACAGGCCACGCCCCGUCACACCCCGCCCCUCUCCCAUAGUCGUUGUUGUGUCGGCCCCGCCCUCUGGGUGGGGGUGGGGUCUGGGGGCGGGGCGAGGGCCCCGCCCAAUAAACAUAGACCUUGGCAAAAAGG